GGUCAAUCCUGCUACCAUAUUAGGAAACAAAGCCAUCGAUUUGAAAAAGUGCGGGCUGAGAUCUUCAACUUUUUAUGCCUUCUCUGUAUUCUUUCCGCCCACUAUAUGCUAACAAGACCUGAAUUACUUCUAUAUAAAAUUUGGUAAGGCUUCCCUACCGAUGUAGCGUUGUUUAUACCUUAGGGUAUGGUGAAUUUGACACCUCUAGAGUCUAGUGAUACAAUCACAAUAAGGUCCCAUGAAGGUGAUAUUGAAGCAGUAUCAGGCGUAACUGGAAUACGUGAGGAGUUAUCAUCUCUCGGCAAUACUUGUAGAUCGUAAUUGGAUUAUUGCACGUGCAAUUGUCAUUAAUGUGAGAAACAAUAGGAUAUAAGGAUUCUAGCUGUAGUACCAAAGCCUAUGAGGGUGUAACCCCCAACCUGCGUAUAAACAUAGAUGAAAACGGAGAUCAUCACUCCACCAUGACUGAUGAUAUAUACACACACAGCAGUGUCCUCGACAGAAUAAGGAAUCUGAAGGAUGAGCCAUUGUCAUAUGAGACUAGCAGUCACUAUAGCAACCACCAAGAUCUCCAUGGUAACCUAGGAACUGAUCGAUAUAGCAACCACCAUAGAUCAUCACUACUGAAAGAGCAUCUGGAAAGCCCAUAUCAAUCAAACCUAAGUGAAGUGGAUUAUACACCAUCAUCUUUGAAAAGUGAUUUCUCAGUUUAUACAUCGAAGUAUAAAUCUACAAAUUCAAGUCGAUUCUGUAGUUCUUGCAGAACUUCGAGUGAGACACCAACGGAUGGUGGAUAUACUUCGAGAAUUUCAACACUGACAUAUGGUGUGGAUACGGAAUCAAAUGUAGGAUAUAAAAAUAGCAUAGACACCUUGAGCAGUCCAACUACCUCUCAACAUUGUUUCAAAGAUUUAGCAAAAGUUGGUGAAGCAUUUUCUGCCACCAAGGAUUGUAUUCAAGCAGCAGAGAAUCAAUGGGAGAAAUUUUUCCAAGAUUCAGAAACAGACCAAGCCUGGAAAAUAAGCUCGAAUGUAUCAUCUUCAGCAGGAUAUGAAAACCAGAUCAAAACAAAUAAAUUGAAAACAACACAAUCAACAUCCAAUUCAGAAUCCCUUAAUAGCAAAAAGUCACAAAGUUCCCCAAGAUAUACUCCUAUUAAUGGGAUCUCUAGCCCCUCACAGCACUCCUAUAAAGACGUAGCAUGCGUUUUAAAGAGCAGUCUGGGAGUGAAUAAAUUUUCGCCUUCGUUGUCACAGAACAAUGACACAGGAUAUUUUUCGAGUGACUCCCCUCAGAGUGUGAACCACAACAACGUGAAGACCAUGGCUAGUUACAACCCAAGGGACAAUGCUCCUAAGCAUCUCGACGUUGAUAAAAAGCAGUUCUUUCCAGGAGACUACGCAAAACCCUGGGACUCCCCGACUGAAGCUAAACGCCUUAAAAUAGAAGACCCCGUAACACCAUCAUCAGUCGGGAGUUUCAGCCCAACGGAAUCGCCAUCAUUUCGCCAACUGCUUCGCUACGAUGACUCAUUCUACAAUUCAAGCGAGAACCCCAGCCCCGUUGAUUCACCUGAUGUGAAACAAAAGGGUGAUAAGGAACAGCAGAAGAAAUACAAGAAGAAUGAGCUGUGGGCAUCUAUCAAGUCUGACUACCAGUACUGCAUGGAUGAAGAGAUUAUUGAACAAUGCAAGUCGACUGAGAGUGACCUCUCCUGGGGGGAGGAGGAUGAUCUCCUGAGGGAUACAAAUGUCUCCUUCACAGAGUUCAUGCAGCAGUACAAGGAGCUCACUGAUUGGUUGAACCAGGUACAACUCGUCACGCAGCGUCAGAGCAGCAGCCUAUCAGAGAAGUACCUCAAUCAGACUUACUAUGAGGAAAUGCUCCAGAAUUCUCCACGUCGUAAACUCUUCAAUGACUAUGCCAAACAGCUUAUGCGCCGAUACCCCGCAAUGAAGGAUGAGAUACAACUGCCUAUUCAGCAGGUCAACAAUCAAUGGAAGACCAUUGAGAAAGCUAUCACCCCUGGUGGCGGGAAAGUUGAUACUGAUGCGAUGCUCGGAGAUCUGGAACAAGACUUGAAUGGAUUGAGGAAAUGGUUACAUGAUGUAGAAAGUCAUCUGCUACCAAUGUGCCUCUCCCCACAAUGGAGUCCUGAGAUACUGACAGAAAAACUGAAAGAGCACCAGGUACUUCAACGUGACAUAGAAUCGCACUCAAAGAUUGUCUCGGCAGUUCUGAAGCUCUGUGAGAGACUCCAGUUGAACGAGACAGCGUGCGAGAACACGUCUGAGAGAGAAUCGCUACAACUGGUAGCUGUGAACUUAGAGAGACGUUGGCACGCCAUCUGGCUUCAGUCAUUAGAGUGGCAGUGUCGGCUAGAGGAGGCAAUCACUCAAAGGAAGAUGAAGAUAGCAGGUCUAUAUGGGACAUCUUUAUAUGAAGUGUAUAAACGAUACAAAUAUGUCUCUCACGGAUAUCUUUUUAAUAGGAGAGUUAUAUACAAGAUACAACUCAAAAAAUAUGUCAGGCCAUUUAAUUUUGCAAGGAUAUUGGAUAUUAACAAAAAGACUGUAUUAACAGGAAGUAACUUCCGUACAAGCGAGGGCAGUGGCUCUAAUUGGAGUGACUUCAGCUACAACACUGCACACUCUGAUCUCCCACGGCCUGAACCCCGCGAUGUCACUAGACAAGCACAGUAUGACGACUAUAACGAGUCACCAUACAGCAGUGAUGAGUACGGUGAUGUAAUCCCAUUUGAUGAACACGAAUACGAAAAGAUUGAAGAUGAUUCAGAGAACGAGCCAAAUGAGUUAGUUGAGGAGUACAGCAAAGAGCUACAGGAUAAACUACAGGCACUUGAAGAUAACAUAAAAGAUGAACAAGACUACAUGGACAUUGAUAAUGUUGAUGUCACUGCAGCCCUGAGUGACUCCGACUACAGCUUUGAAACAGCAAACUGUAAAGAACACAACAAUUCUAAUCUCCAAGAAGAUGAAUACACGAAAUUGAAGCCACGGAAUUCAAGUGGAAAGCUAGGAUCUCUAUCUGCAAUGGAGAGCCGUUUGGUGGCUAAAAAUGCCCAGAAAUACGGAGUAAAGGUUGAAAGCCAUGAUAUUGGUUACUCCAGUGAGAGUCACUCCAACGACGAGCAACAUGAAGCUAUGAAGUCGGGUGCCAGCAUUGACACCAGCCAUGUGGAUAAAUCAAGUGUGAAGCUACGGCAGAAAACCUCACAUAGUAGGGAUGUAUCAAUGGAUGAGAUGAAUGAUACCAGCUUGACUAAUGUGUCAAGUUUACCCGAGUCGUCAUGGAGACACUCUAUGACAUCAGCGUAUGACACAAGUAGUGAUCACAACUCACCAACAGAUGAUGAUGAGCAUAAAACUGUGGAGGAAGACAGCGCUGUCGAGAAAUCAGGUCCUAAAAGUAUACCUAAAUCUGGUGAUAAGGAUUACUACAAGAUGACCUCAGUAGAUGUUGAUGCCACCUGUGGUCUUCUCUCCCAGUCCCCACCCACUCAUGAUGUGGGCCUUACACCAUAUAAGGCACAACCCUUCCAGAUUCCAAACCUAGGGGAAUCCCCUGGGGUAGAUGUAGCUACCUAUCAGGAAUCUGGAAAAGUUGAACAGAUUGCACGGCGCUUAGAUUUUGGUGCCAUGGAUACAAGUGACGUCACAGAUGGUAAAGAAACAAUAGGUGAGGAAGAAGGUAUGGGGAAGGAAGGGUCUGGAACAUCAGACUCUCUGUCUGUACAAGUCGACUCUGAUGCUCUACAGAGAGAAGAUGGAUUCAUAUCAGAUGAUUUCCUCAUGGAAGAACAGGUAGAUGCACCACCAAGAUCUCCAAAUAAGGAAGCAAUAAAGCGGCUGAUCAAGCAAGCGGAACUUCUGGUGAUGGAUGAUGAACAAGUGCAUAAAUCUAUCACAUUUUUACACAGUCGGGAAUCAACUAACCCAGAUCUUAGACCUCCUAAAUGUAAAUCCCCAGACUUGUCCUCUUCAAAGAGUUCUCCACGUGAUCUCCCCACUGACUCCUUAGCAAGUACACUCAGCACUGAGGGCUCUAUGUUAGGUGAAGCCAGUGCGUGUGAGGCAAGUGGGGAAUACACAAGUAAUUCUGAAGCGGAGUAUUACUCCACAGCUUCCAGUGAUGAAGAGCAGUAUAACAGUGUUCUUAGGAUGUCAACAAGUCACAGUAGCGACCUGCUAAGUAGCGGACACAACAGCCAAUCAAAUCUCGGCUCACCAGUCAAACAAAGAAAUCGUCCAUCAAGUGUGACCGAAAUGUACGAAUUGACAAAUAGAUUGGAUCUCUCCCCGUUCUCUAUAUCAGAGAGUGCCAUUGACAAUAUCCCCCGAGAGAGAGGAAGCAAAAGUAGUAGUGCCGCAAGCAGUCGUGAUAGACUCAGUAGGACAAACUCUGAGCGAUCCACACACAGUCUCAGAGUCGGAACACCAACUAGAAAACUCAGGAAUAAAUCACGGAAAUUAAAGCGCUCCAUUUCAGAAGCAGAACAAAACAGUGACAUCACAAAGUCCCACGAUUCUCUAGGAUCGGCAGAAAUAUUUGAGAAUGCAGAAACUGCACCUUGUUCACCUCCAGAAGCCACUCUGUCUCUCCCAGGAAAUUGCCAAGAACUGAAUACUGGUGCCUUCUCAAGUAAAUAUAGCUCAAAUUCAAGGGAAACAUUAACCAACUCACAGAACAUUGCCCAGUGUUAUACAUCAUCUGAUGCAUAUAAUGGCGCUAGGCCUAAAACUAGUAUACCAAGUCACAUCAGUCAACGACGCAAGAAAAAGAGCAGGUCUAAAAGGCGGAAUGGAUCUGGAAGUUCAGGCAGUGAAAGCGGAUCUGAUGUUGAACAUGUACCAGAUGUUAAAGUUGCUAGUAGUGCUGAUAAUACAGAUGACCUCAUCAACAGCACAGUGGAAUCCUUCUCUGAAGAGGCAUGGGACAACUAUCAGAUUGGGUACACAGCACUGAAAUAUUCAGCUCCUAUGUACACUAGUGUAAGUGAAGACCCAAAUGAAGAAAAAUUAACAGAUACAGCGUUACAGUGGGAACCCUCUGAAUACGAGGAAGACUUUGAUUUUAAAUAUGCUGCCAGUCUUGGAGGUAACAAGUCACCCCCAGAGAUGAAGAAAAAUAAAGAGAGAAAAUACAAGGGACCAAAACCCUCACCAGGUGGCUUCACUGGUGAUGUGAACAAAAUGGAGGACUCUGAUUCUGAUAUCGAGGAUCUUCAUCAUGUGAUCAAGGAAUCGACUGAUCAGAUUCAUGUUGCGGCUGCUGUUCUUAAGAAAUAUCGUAAAGAUGUCAUGGAUACUGGGAUCUACCUUGACCCAUCUAAAUAUGCUGAAGUGGUUGCUACAUGCCAAAUGAACAUCACAUGCCUUGAGGUGAUCAGUGACACAUUGGAGUCAGACCAGGGCAUGGCAAACCUCACUGAAGAAGACCUACAGCAAAUGGAAGACACUCUAGCUGAGUGGGACUCUCUUCACAGUUUAGGCUUAGAGCGCCAAGCACAGUCACGUGAUCUUCUCGCCAUCUAUAAACAGUUUGUGACAUUAUCACAGACGCUGGCAGAAUACCAAGAUGAACUGGGCAAUGAUGUGUUUGAAGAUGUUUCCAAAUUAGAGUCUGCAGUAAAACAUUUACAGAACAACAGACUUGAUGUACAACCCCUGAGAGAUGACCUGGAAAGAGUAAAGAAUGAGAUAGCCAGCUAUGCUAGGCAGAACCAACACAUAAGCAUGACAAAGUUCCAAGAGGAAACCAUGACUCUCUCUGACCAAGUUGAAGAAGUGGCUGACAGGUCGAGCAAGAAGAUCGAUGAGUUCAAGUCUACCUUGAUCACAUGGUACGACCAUGACGAGACCAUGGAGGAGCUUAAGUAUUUACUUCAUCGAGAGGAAGGACAGCUACAGUGUCUAGAGCUCACUCAUGACGUCAUUGACUUCACUGAGCAGGAUAUCAAGGAUACUCUCUAUGAUCUGAAGGGGAUGAAAUCUGACUUGGACAAAUAUGAUGACAAACUAGAAAAUCUUCGCAAUAUAUCAGCUGACAUUUGUAAAAUUGCUGACACGGAGCGAAAAAAUGAAAUACGUGCUAAUAUCGGGACAACUGCCAAUGAAUUAGCCAGUUUAAAACUCCGAUGUGAACGAUUAGAGGCUGCGUUUGAAGAGAGACUUAACACCGGUGACUUCAAAUCAGAUGGGGCAUCACAGCUUGAAUUAAUCCAGCCUGAAACAAGUAAAGUUGCUAUGGAGACAACUACAGUUGCUAAGGCAACAGAGGACGAUUCUAGUCAGGAUAGUGGGAUGGAUUCCCAGGAAGGUGCCACCACAGAGACAGAUGGGUUGGCUGUUGAUGCCACUCUAAUGUCUAUUGAUGAGACUGAUGCCACUGUUGUGGCUGAAGCUACUGAUGCAAGUGGGGCUAGUGGUGUGACUGGUGCAACUAAGGAGAACACAACACAAACAGAACUGAAGCAGUGCUUAGAGACAGAAGACCAGGCCAGUGCCCAUGUGGAGGGAAGGUCUUGGGUGAAGAGAAUACUAAGGGCCGCCCGUCCUGUCCAAGUCAUGAUUGUAGCAGUGUUUCUAGCUGCAUGUAUACUGGACCCAAGAGUCAAUGAUGCAACAAAAGACUUGGGCAUCAUACUUAAUCCUGAGUUGAGAUAUGUGAAAGGCCCACCCCCUUUCUAAGCUGAGAUAUGUG